AUGGCAGCAGAGGUCAUGGCGGCGCCUUCUUCGACCGAUACCAGCAGUGCGCCUCCCUCAUUCGCCGUCUCAUCAGAAGCCGACGAACCGCACGAGCGCACGACCGACUCGCAGCGACCACAGCCACGCGAGCGCAUACUUUCGUAUGCCGAGAGCAGAAUGUCGUCGUACUCGAAACGAACCUCCCGGUCACGACCGCACUCGACCUCAUUCCCGCCGUUUCAGUCGAGCUUGUCGUAUGCGCUGGUCCGAGACUUCGCAUAUCCGACCUUCCAUCCCAUGCACUUUGGUGGUCCACCAGAAGACCCUUCAGGCGCAAGUACGCCGGGCUCAGAAUGGAAUGCAGGGCGGAGGGCAUCAGACUCGGCUGAGGGCAGCGCCACAACAGGAAGAGGAGCGUGGAGUGCAGGACCUUGGGGAGGCGAUGGGCUGUUAUACGGCGAUCCAGAACAGGAGAUGGAGCCUUUGCCGAGCACAAGCUUCAGCAGUGGUGGUGAUGAGUGGGAAGAGGGCGAGACGUCCUUCAGGAAAAGCAAGCAUCGCAAGAGCAGGUCCUUCGCCGAUAUCCCCAACUAUGAGCGCGGCAGGAGGCGGGAAAGCGGACAUCGCAUGAGCCGGGACUCAGAUCCGUCAUUGCUCGCGGGCUCGCAGAAUUACGAUCCGGCAGGGCGAGAUGCGUUGCGGCAGAGUCGUGGAUUUGUCGAGAACGGAGAACCUAGGAGGGACUCGCAUUUUGCGACGACGCUGCCGAAUCGAAGCUUUCAUGCCUCGCAGACCAUCGACCCAGAUAGUGACUUGCCGCUGGAUGCCGAGCCAUCUAAUCAUUCACCACAGAGGGAGAGCCUUGGUCCUGAAGACGAGGAGCUGUUUGCUGGUCCUUCGCUGGCGCUGUACAGUUUCGAGCCGGAGAAUGACAAUGAGCUGCGACUCACUGAGGGCCAGACGAUCCUUGUAGCAUACCGACAUGGCCAGGGUUGGUUGGUGGCAGAGAAUCCGCAGACAGGCGAGCAGGGUCUUGUUCCAGAACAGUAUGUCCGUCUCUUGAGAGACAUCGAAGGCUGGGAUGAAGAGCGAGGCGGAUUCAUCGAUGACGACGACGAGCUGGAAGGCGAGGCUGGCAACGGCGUAGAGAUUGACGAUAAGGAACUCGAAGCUACUGGCCAUGUCAGCCAGCCACGACGAGAGGAUGUACGGACGAAGUCGGCGCCCGAUACGACGAAUGCUGGUGACGACCUCGAUUAUGACUUGGAGAUGAAGAAGAUUGACCUUGAUUGA